UUAGAUGCGGGAAUCAUCUUCCCAAUCUCUGACAGUAAUUGGGUUAGCCCAGUUCAGUAUGUGCCAAAGAAGGGUGGAAUGACUGUAGUGCUCAAUGAGAAUAAUGAGUUGAUCUCAACUCGUACAGUUACGGGUUGGCGAAUUUGUAUGGAUUAUAGAAAACUGAACACAACCACCCGGAAAGACCAUUUUCCUUUACCAUUCAUUGACCAAAUGUUGGAUAGACUGGCAGAGAGGUCUCACUUCUAUUUUUUGGAUGGGUACUCGGGGUACAAUCAGAUUUCUAUAGCCCCUGAGGAUAGAGAGAAGACAUCAUUCACUUGCCCGUAUGGUAUCUUUGCCUUUCGGCCGUUUGGCCUAUGCAAUGCACCGGCCACCUUUCAGAGGUGUAUGUUAGCUAUUUCUACUGACAUGGUUGAAGAUAUUAUGGAAGUCUUUAUGGAUGAUUUCUCUGUGGUAGGGGAUUCGUUUGAAGACUGUCUGCACAAUUUAAGAAGAGUAUUAAAAAGGUGUGUAGAGACAAAUUUAGUGUUGAACUGGGAGAAGUGCCAUUUUAUAGUACAAGAAGGUAUAGUGUUGGGGCAUCGAGUGUCCAGUAAGGGUAUUGAAGUUGACCAUGCUAAGGUUGAGGUGAUUGAGAAGUUGCCACCGCCCACUUCAGUUAAGGCAGUAAGAAGUUUCCUUGGGCACGCCGGGUUCUAUAGGCGAUUUAUAAAGGAUUUCUAA